AUGGCUUCUUACUGUCGCCUCACGCGUGAUCGGAGUUCGCCCCGGACCAGCGGGGUGGACUCGACGGCUCCGGAGGUGGCGGACAGACGGCCGGUCCUGCCGAGAAGACGAGGCAGGGGACCCCCUCUUCGAGCCUCACUGCUUUCUCUGCUGCUGGCUGCGGCGCUGCGGCCAGCGAAGGGGGACCUCGACUUCAAGGCCUUCACCCGCGACCCGCAGGGUUACGCCUCACACAUCCGUCUGGUGGACGGAUCGCAGAUCGAGUACUUCUCAGAUGAGUUCAACGAGCUCUGCACGCAGGAUCAGAUCCCCAUCCAGUCGCAAGUCCCACUCUUCGUCUUCAAGAUUGAGGUGUUCCACUGCUUCAAUGCCUUAUGGGUCAAGAACCGUUGGGCCAACUGGGAGCUGCACUCGGAGAUUGAUUCCUGUAUUCUCCACACCCUGGCUGGUGCAAACAUCGCCCGGUAUUUCCGCCAAUUUUCGUGGUUCGACUUUGCUAUCUUCGCCGUGAUGCGAUGCGCAGUGGAGCAUCUUUCGGAGGAUCUUGGUGGUCUUAUCGAGGUCAAAGCCAUCACUGAAGGGCAGCGCGAGGGGAACCUAGGGGACUGCUUGCGCCUCGGUCUAGUCUAUGGUUUCUGGUACGCCGCCUCGAUCUGCGUGCUUGGGCGCAGCAAGCUGGUUCACCCAGUCUUCCUUGCCGUGUUGCUUGUGGGCUACCCAUUGACUUUGGUCCAAUCCUACAAUUAUUUGCUGGGUAAAAGCAGUACUUCGUUCUGGCUGGCGCAUGCAGCGAACUUGAUCUCUACAAACCCACCCGUCAUCGCUGCGGGCAUGCGGUUCCUCGGUUUGUUGGCUGCCUAG